UGAACUUCCAGCAGCGAUGGAAAAUGGACGUCCGUGUGUGCAAUAAAAAGGGUGGAUUUUUCAAGUGCAUUUUCCUCAGAAGCAUGCCGAAUCAGAUGAACUAUUUGGUUACUCUUUCGAUUCUCGAAUUGGAAUGCAACCAUUGUUUGUCGCCAUGGAUAGGUAAAGUUACGUGUGCUCCAUGGGAAUUACACAUUCCAACAGCGGACCACAGAAAGAUGCAGACGGGGGAUCGAUCGAAUCGUCAACGAUCGAUAACCAAUGUAUGCACGGAAACGUCAGCGGGCCAUGGCUCGGCUCGUUUCUGCCUCUUCCAGAAAUCGAUAUAAUUACGAAGUUCGCCCAAUAAAUUUUUCUUUUCGGGUAACCUUCCCGUCCGCCUCAAGUGUGACAGCACGUCAAAACGUCAAAACUCCUGCGAAUUUGCCCCUAUCUCCCCUCUGCCGCUCUUCGCCUCCCCCUCGAAUUAUUAUUAUUAUUAUUAUCUUCUGGCCUUUUCAAGUUUUCUGGCAAAUUUCGAGGCAGCCUUAUCUCGAUAUCUCUCUUGACCCACACAGGGAGGCAAAAAAGAAAAAAAAAAGGGAACUCGAAAUCCGGCAACUUUCGGCAAUGGUUUUGGUCCAGGAACAAAUUCGGAACCAAACGAUUGAAGCCGGAUGACAUAAGCCGAAGGGGCGUAGGCGUGAGUUGUGAUUGAAGAGUUUCUUGUCCGUCCUGUCAGGCCAGAACCGGAGAGCUUCAGGCAAAUUCCGCUGUGGUGGAUCAGAGGGCAAAGUAGUAUGUAACUAUUGCACGCAGUUACAGACUCUGCACUCUGGUUGAUGCUCUGGUUGGAGAGUACAUCAUCGUGUCACGUAUACAAAGUUAAAAAAGGAGGCCUAGAUAUAUCAAAAUGUUAUUUGUGCCUGUCAA